AUGAUCCCGCCGUGGAUGGGAGCAACUCGGAUUUCCAACAGCGUUUUCAGAUGGAUUAAUGGAACCACUGUGUCAUAUACCUUCUGGGCAAAGGACGAGCCAUCGAUUUAUGGUGAUUGUGCUACAUUGCGUACCGGUGGCAUGGCAUCCUGUCCGUGUUACAACCAACAGCCAGCACUGUGCAAACUGAAACCCAAGCUGUGCAAUGAUGGUAACUUUGGCGGUCCCUCCACUCGUCAAGGAACCAUCACUAGCCCAGGUUAUCCGACCCAAUACUACAACAAUCUCGACUGCUAUUACCAAAUUCAAAGUAAGUUGGAAGUUCUCAACAGUACAGAAUGA